UUCAAAUGUCCGUCGACCUCCUCAGGUUUGUUUGCAGGUUUGCAUAGCCUGUUUUCUAACUGACGCCCACCCACUUCAAACCACCAGAAGGAGAACAGGCAAAAAACACUGAUACAAACAUCUUGAGAGAAAUAAAAAGUUACAAACAUUAAAAUAAAAUGACGGAGCCCCUGAAGUCCCAAAAAGUAAAAAAAAACUAAAAAAAAAAAAAAGUGUGUGUGCACAAGUCAAUAUCUUGUGUGCAGAGUAUCAUUUCAUUUUUUUUUUUUUGGACUUCAGGUGCGGCGUGAAAAAAAGUGUGUUUGACCAAAACAUUUUAAUUAGGCGUUGUUUCAAAAAGGGCUUCCAGGGCUUUGAAUAGGGCAAGAAAAAAAAUCGAUUUAUGUAAAAAUCUAGCUUCUUAUCUUCUGAGUAUUUAAAUAGAUUCAUAACUUCCAAAGUGCUAAGUGCUAAGGCUAGCUCUUUAACUCAGUAGAAUACUAAAUAGAGCAGCAAGAAAUUCAGCCAGUCUCACAGAUGACUGGAGUAGAUCCUGAAGUAUGUACUAAUUCAAAAAUAGACUUUGAAUCCAUGGAUCAAUGAAUCCAGAAUCGCUUUACAUCGAAAAUAGAUUCUGAAUCGAAUCGUGACCACAAGAAUUUAAAUCAAAUCGAAUCGUGAGACACCAAAAGAUUCCCAGCCCUUGCUCUGAAUAUGCAAUAUUUACUUCUAAAGGGUAUCUUAAUUGAUAACAGGGUUGUUUAAGCUGAUCUCUAUGCACUGUUUAUGUUAUGAGACACACAUUGCACACAUAAUGAUGCAAAAAGACAGACACUUUUAAUUUGACCAGCAGCAGGUUUUUAACUAAAUUUGAUUGCAAAAACAUUCUACAUGUAAAUCUGAUUCUGGCUGUGAAAUCAGGGAGGGUUCAGGUUGCCUGCUUGUGACUGGUCUGUAAGUGCUUCUUCAGUGAUUUAUAAGGGGGUAAUGACAAAUGUGGUGCCACUAACCAUUGUAGCUGAUGAUUAUACUAAAAACAGUCAAGUGUUGCUUAAAAGGAAAGGGAGAUAGAAGCAUUGCUAAUAAUUGACUAUUUCUCAUUUAAAUCCAUAGUUUACACAUUUACAUGUGAAAUCUUAUGUUAUUCUUUUAUCCACUAUAUUAUUUAUUAUAUCCAAAUAUUAAUAAAAAGUACAACUCACAUCAGGCAGUAGUAGUGUAAGCACAGAAAGACACAAAUGAAGUCAAUAGGCAGAAAAUUAUCUUAAAAAACAGAGAGGGUUUCUCCUCUCAGGAGAGUUUUACCUGCAGACACUGACUGGAGAUAUAAAGCCCCUACAGCAACCCACAAAAAGGGUACCUUAUUUUUUUUAUUUCAGUAUCACUGUGCUUACAUUAUUUAUGUUUGGAUAUCAGAGGAUUUAUUUCUUUGCUCUAAAUCAUUCACAGCCAAGCGAGUUUUUCCACGUCCUUCUGCUAAUUUCCUCUUUUAUACUCUCUUUAUACUCUCUUGUGUCUUGUGUAUCUCGUGUUUUGACGUAGCAGCACCAUUUUAUUAAGCAAUAAAAGAUUCUGUAUAAAUGCCCUUUUUUAACUCGCCAUAGAUAAUGAGAUCAACUUUUUACAUGUAAAUUUAACUGAAAACGAGUUUUAAAAAAAAAUCAGAUAAAGCUUGAAAUAUUUAAGAAAACAGCGAAACAACCAACCACCCAUACCUUUGAGUUUACUUUAAUCAUAUAACUAUUUUUCCAAACAGAAAGUUUGACAUUAACUUUCCUCCAAAUAGAGCCUAUAUGGCAAUUUGAAUCAUUUUCAAACGCUGUUGAGGCUUUAAAAUUACAAUCUCUGUAAAUGCUUAUAAAUAUAUUAUAGGUCAAGCAGUAUAGCAAAUACUUAAAUUAUUAACAAAACAGAGACUUCACCCUUAAACUUUAGAUUUCCUUUAAGUUGUAAGUGGCAGGAAGAACAACAGACAUCUUAACACCAGUAUUAUAUGUUAAAGGAAUGCACAAUAAAACCACCGAAAUUCAAUUUCUGGUCCAGAGGCUGACAGUAUGGGCGUAGGUGUUGAGGAAUAUUUCUAAUGCCUGCCAAGUUUAUGUUUAUGUAAGAGCCAGCACAGCACAGGGUUAAAUACAGGAUUAGAUAUAUGUUACCUAACCUAACUAUUUUUGUUUGUGACCUCAGCCAGCUCUGAAGUUCAGCUAUAAAAAUCAGCAUGUGCUUUUUCAGUGACAAAAAAGUUUCAAUUAUUUUAUUUCUGUCUAUCUCGGUGUUUGUGUGAAUGCUUGUGUGCAUUUGAAUUUGCACACUUGGGUGUGCACGUGUUUGUGUGAAUGCAUUUGAAUUUGUACACUUCUGUGUUUGUGUUUGUGUGUGUGUGUAUGUGUGUGUGUGUGUUUUUGUGUGUGUGUGUGUGUGUGUGUGUGUGUGUGUGCGUGUGUGUUUGUUUAUCAUCUAUUAAUUGACAGGCCUGAAGACCAUUGUGGGUGCGCUGAUCCAGUCUGUGAAGAAGCUGUCGGAUGUGAUGAUCCUGACAGUCUUCUGUCUCAGCGUCUUCGCUCUGAUUGGCCUACAGCUCUUUAUGGGGAACCUGCGGAAUAAGUGUGUAUUCUGGCCAAUCAACGUAACGCAGUGGAUACUUUCAAAUGGCAACAGGAGUUUAGACUGGGAUGAGUACAUCAUGAAUGACACUAAUUUCUACUUCCUCCCAAAUCAGCUUGAUGCUCUACUGUGUGGAAAUAGUUCUGACUCAGGACGUUGUCCAGAGGGCUUUACAUGUAUGAAAGCUGGAAGGAACCCGAACUAUGGUUACACAAGCUUUGACAGCUUUGGAUGGGCUUUCCUCACCCUCUUCCGACUUAUGACUCAAGACUUUUGGGAAAAUCUCUACAUGCUGACUCUGCGUGCUGCAGGAAAGACCUACAUGAUUUUCUUCGUGCUAGUCAUCUUCGUUGGUUCUUUCUAUCUGGUGAAUCUCAUCUUGGCUGUGGUGGCCAUGGCCUAUGAGGAGCAGAACCAGGCCACCAUUGAGGAGGCGGAGCAGAAAGAGGCAGAAUUCAAAGCCAUGCUGGAGCAGAUCAAGAGGCAGCAGGAGGAAACACAGGCUGCUGCCAUGGCGACUUCUGCAGGUACAGUGUCUGAGGCUGCAUUAGAGGACGAAGGAGGAGGGCACCUGUCCCGCAGCUCCUCUGAGGUCUCUAAACUGAGCUCAAAGAGUGCCAAGGAACGCCGCAAUCGCAAGAAGAAAUGGCGUCAGAAAGAGCAGGAGAAAGAAAAAGGAGAUAGUGAAAAGGUUGUUAAGUCCGAGUCAGACGAUGGCAGCAAGAAAAGUACAAUACGUUUCCCAGGAAGCCGGCUGGGGAGGAAGACAUCAAUCAUGAACCAGUCACUACUCAGCAUCCCGGGCUCUCCCUUCAUGUCGCGCCACAACAGCCGGAGCAGCAUCUUCAGCUUUAAAGGCCGCUCCAAGGACAUGGGCUCAGAGAACGAGUUUGCAGAUGACGAGCACAGUACAGUAGAGGAGAGCGAAGACCGCCGAGGCUCCCUUUUUAUCCCUUACCGCCGCAACAGUUACAGUGGCUACAGCCAGGGCUCAUCCCGCAUCCACCCGCUGGCACCCCACUCUGGAGGGAAGAGGAACAGCACAGUGGACUGCAAUGGCGUGGUGUCUCUCAUCGGCCCUGGGCCCGGCAGACGGCUUCUGCCUGAGGUGAAAAUAGAUAAGGCAGCCACUGAUGACAGUACUACUGACGUGGACAUUAAGAAGAAGCACUCCGGCUCGCUCAUGGUAUCUGUGGAUCAGCUCAACUCCUUCAAAGGAAAGGACCGGGCCAACAGUCAGAUGAGCGUGGUCACCAACACACUGUUAGAGGAACUGGAGGAGUCUCAGAGAAAGUGUCCUCCCUGCUGGUACAAGUUUUCCAACACGUUUCUCAUCUGGGAGUGCUGUCCCAUGUGGCUAAAGAUCAAACACAUAGUCUAUUGUAUUGUCAUGGACCCGUUUGUUGACCUGGCCAUCACUAUCUGCAUUGUCCUCAACACCCUCUUCAUGGCCAUGGAGCACUACCCAAUGACCCCACAAUUUGAGGGGGUCCUGACGACUGGCAACCUGGUCUUCACUGGUAUCUUUGCUGCUGAGAUGUUUGCAAAGCUGGUUGCCAUGGAUCCCUACUACUACUUCCAGGAAGGCUGGAACUGCUUUGAUGGCUUCAUUGUGACUCUGAGUUUAGUUGAGCUGGGACUGUCUGAUGUAGAGGGUCUGUCAGUGCUCAGGUCAUUCCGAUUGUUGAGAGUGUUCAAACUGGCCAAAUCCUGGCCCACCCUGAACAUGCUGAUCAAGAUUAUCGGUAAUUCGGUUGGAGCUCUGGGUAAUCUGACUCUUGUGCUGGCCAUCAUUGUCUUCAUCUUUGCCGUGGUGGGAAUGCAGCUGUUUGGCAAAAGCUACAAGGACUGUGUGUGUAAAAUUGCCCAGGACUGUGUGCUGCCUCGCUGGCACAUGCAUGACUUCUUCCACUCCUUCCUGAUCGUGUUCAGAGUGUUGUGCGGGGAGUGGAUUGAGACCAUGUGGGACUGUAUGGAGGUGGCGGGACAGACCAUGUGCCUCACGGUCUUCAUGAUGGUCAUGGUCAUUGGAAACCUGGUGGUGCUGAACCUGUUCCUGGCCUUGCUGCUGAGCUCAUUCAGUGCUGAUAACCUGGCAGCCACUGAUGAUGAUGGUGAACCCAACAACCUCCAGCUGGCAGUCGCCCGCAUUAAGAUAGGGAUUGCCUGGUUCAAGGUUAACAUGCGGCUGUUGGUAGCCACAGUGCUCAAGAAGCCUAUAGAGGAUGAACAGAAGCCUCUGGACGAAAUGUACGAGAAGAAGCUGAACUGCAUUGCAAACCAUACAGUGGACAUCAACCGUGAGCUGGACUAUGCUAAAAAUGGCAAUGGAACUACCAGUGGUAUUGGGAGCAGUGUGGGAAAGUAUAUGAUUGAUGAGGAUUACAUGUCCUUCAUCCACAACCCCAACCUCACUGUAUGUGUUCCUAUCGCUGUUGGCGAGUCGGACUUUGAAAACCUCAACACGGAAGAUUUCAGCAGUGAAUCGGAUGUGGAGAACAGUAAAGAUCUGGAUGACACCAGUUCGUCUGAGGGCAGCACGAUAGACAUAAAGCCUGAUGUGGAGGAAGUAGCAGUGGUGGAGGUCGUGGAGGAGUACGUUGACCCUGAUGCCUGCUGGACAGAUGAGUGUGUGGCCAAAUACAAGUGCUGCGAUGUUCCCAUCACUCAUGGCUGGGGGAAAAACUGGUGGUUCCUGAGGAAGACGUGUUACCUGAUUGUAGAACACAACUGGUUUGAAACCCUCAUCAUCUUCAUGAUCCUGCUCAGCAGUGGAGCCUUGGCCUUUGAGGAUGUUUACAUUGAGCAGAGGAAGACGGUCAAAAUCAUUCUGGAGUAUGCUGAUCGUGUUUUCACCUACAUCUUCAUCCUGGAGAUGUUGCUGAAAUGGGUGGCUUAUGGCUUUGUCAAGUACUUCACUAAUGCCUGGUGCUGGUUGGACUUCUUCAUUGUGGAUGUGUCUAUAGUCAGCCUUAUAGCUAAUGCAUUGGGCUACUCCGAUCUAGGCCCAAUUAAAUCACUCAGGACACUGAGGGCCUUGAGACCCCUCAGGGCCCUGUCACGUUUUGAAGGGAUGAGGGUUGUGGUGAACGCCUUGGUGGGUGCGAUCCCCUCCAUCAUGAAUGUGUUGCUGGUGUGUCUCAUCUUCUGGCUCAUCUUCAGCAUCAUGGGAGUCAACCUGUUUGCCGGAAAGUAUUACUAUUGUUACAAUGAGACUGCUGAGGAAAAUUUCCUGAAAGACGAUGUCAACAACAAAUCACAGUGUUUUGAACUCAUUAAUCAAAACAAUACUGAAGUCAGAUGGAAAAAUGUCAAGAUUAAUUUUGACAAUGUGGGUUCGGGAUACCUGGCUCUUCUACAAGUGGCAACAUUCAAAGGCUGGAUGGACAUCAUGUAUGCUGCGAUAGAUUCCAGAAAGGUGGGAGACCAGCCGGUCUAUGAAGACAACUUAUAUAUGUACAUCUACUUUGUCAUCUUCAUCAUCUUUGGAUCGUUCUUCACCUUAAAUCUCUUCAUUGGUGUCAUCAUUGAUAACUUCAACCAACAAAAGAAAAAGUUUGGAGGUCAGGAUAUCUUCAUGACAGAAGAGCAGAAGAAAUACUACAAUGCCAUGAAGAAACUAGGGUCAAAGAAGCCACAGAAGCCAAUUCCAAGGCCUCAGAACAAAUUCCAGGGCAUGGUGUUUGACUUUGUGACGCAGCAGGUGUUUGACAUCUCCAUCAUGAUCCUCAUCUGCCUCAACAUGGUCACCAUGAUGGUGGAGACGGACGAUCAGUCAAAGGAGACAGAGGAAGUGCUGUACUGGGUCAACUUCUUCUUCAUUGUGGUCUUCACUUGCGAGUUUGUAUUGAAGCUCUUUGCACUGCGUCACUACUACUUCACCAAUGGAUGGAACAUCUUUGAUGUGGUUGUGGUCAUCCUUUCCAUUGUGGGAAUGUUCCUGGCUGACUUGAUCGAGAAGUAUUUUGUGUCUCCGACGCUCUUCAGGGUGAUCCGUUUGGCUCGUAUCGGCAGAAUCUUGCGUCUCAUCAAAGGGGCCAAGGGAAUCAGAACUCUACUGUUUGCCCUGAUGAUGUCACUUCCUGCCUUGUUCAACAUCGGCUUACUGCUUUUCCUGGUUAUGUUCAUUUUCUCCAUCUUUGGCAUGUCCAACUUUGGCUAUGUAAAACAUGGGGCUGGAAUUGAUGAUAUGUACAACUUCGAGACCUUCGGUAACAGCAUGAUCAUCCUCUUUAUGAUCACAACGUCAGCUGGCUGGGACGGCCUGCUGUUGCCAAUCCUGAACUACCCUCCAGACUGUGACCCCUUACUGGAGAAUAGUGGAACCCCAAACACAGGAGACUGCGGCAACCCGUCAGUGGGCAUCUUCUUCUUUGUCAUGUACAUUAUCAUUUCUUUCCUUAUUGUGGUCAACAUGUACAUUGCCAUCAUCCUGGAGAACUUCAGUGUGGCCACAGAGGAAAGCGCCGACCCACUCAGUGAGGACGACUUUGAGACCUUUUAUGAGAUUUGGGAGAAGUUUGACCCUGAUGCCUCACAGUUCAUCACCUAUUCCAAGCUUUCUGACUUUGCUGAUGCACUUGAACACCCACUCCGAGUCCCCAAGCCCAACACCAUUGAACUGAUUGCCAUGGACAUGCCUAUGGUUAGUGGCGACCGCAUCCACUGCCUGGACAUUCUGUUUGCAUUCACUAAGCGUGUGCUGGGAGACAGUGGCGAGUUGGACAUGUUGAGACAACAAAUGGAGGAGCGUUUUGUGGCGGCGAAUCCCUCCAAGGUGUCUUACGAGCCAAUCACCACCACUUUGAGGCGCAAACAGGAGGAAGUGUCAGUCAGAGUCAUUCAAAGGGCCUAUCGUUCUUACCUGGCCAGGCGGGGUUUUGUCUGUAAGCGCAAACCAGCCCAUAACAAAGUGGAGAAUGGUGGGAACAAUCAGGAACAGGAGAAGAAGGAGGGCACUCCCUCAACUGCCUCCCUGCCUUCCUAUGACAGUGUAACCAAACCUGACAAGGAGAAAGAGGAUGACAACAACGAGGACAAGGGAGGAAGGAAAGAGAAAGGAAGAAACCAAAAAGACAUCAGGGAAUCUAAAUGUUAGAGCGUUGGAAUACUAAUCACAGUAAUAACAAUAAAAAAUAUAAUAAUGUAACUUCAAGCAAGGCGAGAGGAAACUCACCCACACAGAUGUACAGAUUAUUUCAUUUGCAAGUCAGAAAAAAAUAGUAUUCAAUAAUUUUGUUUACAGACUUCAUUCUUAUAUUGAUGCAGAGGGAUGCAGCUUGGUCUGUUACAGCUUGAAGACUCUUGAACUUCAGUCAAACCAAACAUAAUCAGCAUACUGUGUGACUUUGUUUUAUCUAGACUACUGAUCUUCACAAAAGGGAAUGAAAAACAGACAUGGUGUGUGUCUGCUGAGAGGCAGAUUGCUCACUUAACACUGGUCUACAGAUAAAACGAGUAACUCUACACCAAGAGCCAGAAUCAAAGCAAGGAUUUUGCACCUGGAUGCAAAUAAUGGAUUCCUAUGGAAGACUGUGUUGUAAGAGAAAAACAAGGAUGCCGCUUGAUGCUGAAGAAUUUUUCUCUUAGUGCAGCAAAUGAGUGUUUCUGAGUCAUUUAGUGCUGAAAUUUAUAGAGGAGCAAAAUGACACACUCACUCUAUAAGAAGGAUGACUGGUGAGUGUAAGACACAAGUGACAGAGCGUUGGAAAUACUUCUGUUUUAUUAAAGCUAGAAAAUGUUCAUUUGAGCAGCAAAAAUGCAAACAGAAGAAAAAAAACAACACAAUAUUCAACAUUUUGCCCAUGUCACUUAACUCUUCUAGUCAUAUUAUCUUUGUUAUACCCACAUCAAAAUGCUUUUUUUUUACAUGGGCUUUCACACCAAUUGGUUAAGGGUCUGUUUAUUAUGGGGUCAACUCGGGCCAAGGGCUUACAUUUACUCAGAAAGAUUUCCAAACAAAUACAUAAAUAAUUGUGCUUGUUCAAUGCAUAGAAAUGACUUGCAUGAUGGCAUGUUUUGAUCAGAAAUCUUGCAUGAAUUAUCAUAGUCCACAAGACACUAAUACUCAGAGCACAACAGUGGCUCGACUGUAAGAUUGAGAAGAUUUGAAAGCUCAGAGUUCAGAGUAAUAUGUUUAACAAAGAUAAGUGAUGUUGGGGUUGAUCAUGUGAAAAAAAGGUUCUGAAUUUGUAUCUCAUUACACAACACAUUUCAAGUGACUAUAUGUUUGAAUAGUUGCCUCUACAGACAGAAGAAUGCAAUAUGAGGGUAAAUGAUACCACUGUAGUGGAUCCGUUGGUAAAAAUCCAAACAAUGAUAUGCUGCUGAGGAGAUUUUGAGUGUGGAAGAUGUGGAAACGGAUGGCUGUGUGUUUCAUGGGACUGACAUGUUUUUUCAUUUGAACUGAAAUGUUUUAAAACACGCAAAACUUUAAUUCUAGAAAGCUUAUAUUUAUAAUUUGUAUGCACCUAUGUAUCUUCCAUACCAUCUGCCUUUAGUUUUGUGUGAGCGGGCAUUUGGGAGUCCUACUGUCGGUUCUAAGUGGUUUGUGGGGAUUUCACAGGUUUGGCAAACUCCCUCUUACUUCUGAUGUUUCUCUGUGGGUGGUUAGAGCUUUCUGAAAAGGGCUGAGAAGUCUUUUUAUUAUUUCGUUUACAUCAUUUAAUGUUAUGUAGCUUCUCUACGUGUGUAUGUGUUUUUUUAAUUCCCUGACGUAAUAUUUAUAUUUUGAUUGUUGAUUAGUCUUACUUUAAGCACUUUUAAUAAGCCACAUCGAAGAUGAUGUCGAGGGAACUGGUCUUGUGCUGGAACACAUACUUUCGGGAUUAAAUAUUAUCCUCUUUUAAUGAGAAACAGAAAAUUAUGAAUGGGGGACAGAAACAUUGUGUGUGGAGAAGCCAAAGAGAUCUGCCUUGUUAUCCCUUGUUGCCCUUUGUCCAUGGAGUGGGAUUGGGUGAAGUAUGCCCUGCCCAUUCAAUUUUUUCGCUGUCAUUACUCGACAGAGAGACCCUAGAAAUGUAUGCAAUGCUUGAAAAAUUCAUCCCUUUUCUCAGGAGAUAUUAUAGAUGUACUAUUAUGAGCUCUGCAACAAAAUGCAAGUGAAUGUGAUGGGAGUAUUUAUGAAAUCACGUUUUAAUCUUUUAUGUUUUAUGCCAUGUUGAUGGACAAUGAUCUCGGCUUGCUGCCCUAUUUUGGCGGCCGCCUGGUCCGGAGCCAGUGUGGCACCUUCUGCUUACGACGCUUAGAUUUAUAGGGCUAGAAGCAUCUCAGUGAAACAACUACAUUUCGCUCGCUUGUAUUGGCAGCGUUUCUAUUGAUAGCGGAUUACAUUUGUGGUUAAGUCAUUUCAGUAAACACACUAGUAAUGUUCACCCUGAUAGCAAUCAGACACAGGAAACACUGUGAGGAGAUGUCAUGAGAGUAAAUUGGGAUGUUUUGGUUUGAGCAGCAAACAUAACUUUGUGGCUGCUCAGUUUGACAGGCCCGUUUUUUCAGUGUUUUACAACAGGUGCUCUGAGCCUCUCAUUUGCCAGUUUUCUUCAUCUUGCGCUACUGCAUAACAAAUACCAAAUAACCAACAGAGCACUUGAUGCAUCCUUCUGGUACUAUGAGCCUAAGCACCACAACACAGCUUUUGCACUUCCUGUUGUGCAGUGAUGUCACUUACUAUUAAUGAAUAACUCCCUCAUCAGUUCUCAAAGUUUUAUGGUCCAGCUGCUGCAUGAGAUCUCCAAAAUCAGUGUGGGUGUUAACUUGAACCAAAUAAAACUCUGAAUGAUAAGAAUAAAAGCUACUGCCGUCCAUUUUCUCCAGGAUCACCAUGGAAAUACAAAUGUGUAUAAUAGGAAGAAACCUAAAAAUAGACACACAUUCAGUAAAAGAAAAAAAAAGGAAAAAGAAGGAAAUAACCACAGUUCAGGCUAUGUUCUAUAUGGCACAAGCUGAAAAAGCUAAGAAUGGACUUUUUAAGACACUAUAAAUAAUGUAAUAUAUUAUUUUCUUUUAACGGCAUGUGUAGUUUUCUGUAAAUACAGGAUUACUUAAAAAAAACUACAGCUAUUAAUCUAACACUAAAUAUUAAUAACCUUAAUAGAAUGGCUUCCAGCUGACACCCUUUGUCACACUUGUUAGGCUGUGACACCUUUGUUAGAUGAAGUAGAUUUUUUUGAGUCACUUUUCACAAAAAAAGAGGGAAGUAAGCUAAAAGAAUCUAUAUUAAAAGCAGAUAUUGUAUUUAAAAGUGUAUAGGUCAAUACAUACAUAUACAGAUCUAUAUUACAUAUAUUACAUAUAUAUAUAUAUAUUCUAUCAUAUAUAUAUAUUUAUAUAUAUGUAUAUAUAGAGAGAGAGAGUCUCCUGUCCAGUCCUUGCAUUGAGGGGAAACCAGAACCACAGAGUGUAACUGAUAACGCUUCUUUCUUUGUGUGGUACGUUCAGAGAAAAACCAAAACACUGCAAACUUCUGCAUAUUGGGUACCAGCGUACAAUGCAUGGUGUUGUACUGGCUGCUUGCUGAGAAUUGUGGAGCCUGCCUUGGUGAGAGGAUUGCACUACCAGCAUACCCUUUUAUACAUGUGUGAAAAUGUCUUGCCCCAUAGAUUCAUAUCAUGUGCAAACAAAAACACACAAUCACAGACAGACACAUACACAUGCACACACUCACAGCCUUAUGCAGGUGACUUCCGGCUUAUCAGUGUGCCCCAGUAAGAGCCACCGCUCACUCUUUGUGUAAUUUUGCUUGUUUCAGCUCUAACCCUCCUCCAUGUCUCCCCCCCCCCCCCCUCAAAAAACACACUGCUGCAGUUUGGAGUUGACCUUUAAUUUGGCUGUCACUUUCACUAUAAAUAACUACUGAUUUAAGGGUUAGCUGUCUUAACUGUCUAUGUGUUUGUUUAUGGUGCAAUAUCUCUUAACGGCACGUGCCUUUUUUAGCUUCCUAUUUAGUCUGUCAAUAAAAACCUGCAACAAGGAUCUCAAAAACACUAGGGAGUUUUACAAAACGGAACACGAAAGAAAUUGUGUACUGAGUUCAAAAUUAACUUGUAAACUGAAAACACACCACCUAGAUUAGACUGUCUGGACUAACAUCUUGUAAAGUCAUGUAGUACAAGUGCUCUCUCUGUGUGUUCUGCUUACUGGUUCAUGGGCUAGUAAGAGAACAGCUUGCCUUUUGUUUUAACACGUUUGUUCAUUUUCAAAUGUUGGUUUAACGAUCAGUAUAUGAGGCCAUUUCUUUUGUAGCAUGACUGAGAUAAAUUUCAUUUUCUUUCCUGAAAAUAGGCUAACUGAAAAAAAUCCUUUUGACUGUCAUUUUCUCUUGGCACUAAUGCAGUCGGAGGGAGGAUGUGUGUUGCACAACCACAUGGGACAAUUUAAUGAGAACCAGUGAAAGAAUAUCAUCAUUUGAGCAUGAAUCUAUUUCCAAACAAUAAAGCAGCCUUCCAGUUACACCUCUGGCUGGUGUCGUCUUUAUCAUACAGUACAUGUUCCACCAUGUCUGGCAAUGGAUGUCUCCCCCCCUCCCCUUAAAAUACAAAUGGUUCAGCCUUUAAAGCCGUGUGCACUAUGACACUGGAGAUAUUUUUGUUUGUGUGUGUUUCUUAGGUAAUAAUCAAUGGGACUGCUUGUAUAAGUUGCAUAAAAUGGCAGAGAAAAUGUUCAAAGCCACACAGGACAGUGAGACUACUGUCUGUUGAAAACACGAUGAAAAUAAUAACCCAAAAUUACCUAAAUACAAUGUUUAAAUAGUAUUUGAAUACAUUAAUGCUCUUGAAUGGGUGUGUCAUGGUGCAACAACACUGAAAUGGUUGUAAAAGCAGGUGUGUGUUUGCGUGUGUGCAUGCAUGUUUGUGUUUCUUUCCUGCCUCCCCCCCCCCUCCCGUGUGAGUGUGUGUGAGUAAGGUGGCGCACUGAAAGAGGGAAGGAGAGGGGAGGAGGAGGAGGAGGAGGAGGGGGGGGGGGGGGAGGGGGGGAUUAAGCAGAGACAGCACUGCAGUGCAGAUAGAUGAAUGCAGUGGCCUGGGCUGAGUCAGCAGCAUGUUCCCAAUAGGCUCAGACUGUACAGUGCACUGUGUAGCACCUCCUUACCCACAGCAAGGAAGCAGAGGGAGAGCCAGCUACAGCAAGAAGAUGAAAAGUAAAGGAGAACAAUGAAAGGAGGCACACACAAAAAAAAAAGCUAGUCUGCUGCUAUGGCUUUUUCCUUCACCUCCUCCCUGCAGUGCUGCAUGUUGGGAUUGCAUCACUUAUUUGGUAUAGUUUGAUGCUGUAUCUUGCAGCUAUCAACAGAAAAGAGGGAUGAUUUAAUAUUGAUACAUAGCUAUUUAGUUAUAAUGGAUGAUUUUCGACAAUUUAAACAGUGUAGAAAAAAACUCUUGUGAGGCUAUCUUUAUGGACAUUGACAAAUGGUCUAUGCUACAUUAUUUAUUUCCUUUGUUACCUGUUUGUUUCUGUCCUCGCUUCAGUUCUGGUUUGGUUUCAGAGGUGGGACAUGGAUUAAGAAAGACGUCGGUGAGAUAUGUCGGGCUGUGGUUGGUCAAUCUGGUUUGAAGGAGAGGGGCGAGACUGGAGGACAGAUAAUAGUGUGAAAGGGGUAUUACAGAGACAGGGAGAUUUUAUGUCUUUAAGGAAUCAAUGACAUGUUGACUACAAUACUACCCCUAAUAUUGGGUAAGAUUGUGGUUUACAGUCUUUCUUUGUCUUUGUCAAGUAGGUUCUUCCAUCUAUACGUUAAGUGGGUUUGGAUGGGUAGAUCAAAUAAAUCAAAUUCACUCAAAGAUUAACCAGUCAACAGAGGAGAAGGGCCUGACAUUGCAUCAUUAUUUCAAUAGCUUUUGGAGCAGCACCUUAUAUCUUUUUGACAUUUUAUAUUUUGCCAAUAGAGGCAAGGAAUGAUUUGGAUUUAAUUUGGACAAAAUGGAUUAACAACAUGUGACAGAGAUAUGCCUCGCUUCCCCUUUUGGUCAAGAGUGCCUGCAGAGGUCACAUCAUUCCGCUUUUGUUUAUUACUGUAGAGUAGACCCUCAAACAGAAGCUCUUCAAAUGGCUUUCUGCAACUAUCUUACACCCUCUAGUGGGAUCUGGAGGAAACAACUCUAGACCACUGUGUCACCUCAUCAGGUUAAAAAGACUGUUCAGAUGGUAUGAAUGACUCAUUGGUGUGGUGGUUAAAAAAUAAACUGGACAUAAUCUUCCAGCAGAUUUAUCCUAGGUUAGAAGGGUGUAGAUAUUGCAGCAUAUCAGCAGCAUGAGAAACAAAAGGGGCUUCGAAUUAGACAAAAUCCAACAUGUAUUUCUCUUUCCAUCAUUAGUGUGUAUUAUUUCAGUGUAUUGUGUAACAAGAUGUUCAGAGCCAGAGUAAGUGACAUCAUCAAAAUGGUCAGAUUGCAAACUCGCAUUCCCUUUUUUUAUUUUGUGUAAUGACAUUGUUCUUAUGAAAUAAAAGAAAUUGAAACUCAA